AAGUUUCAUGUCGAAUCACAUCCAACAUCUUUUCAUUAUCAAUCGAGCUGGAAGUUUGAUUUAUAGUUGGGAAGCCAGAACCGAAACGCCGGAAGUCGAAAAAACGUACGAAUGGCCGAUUGAUGUACAUUUGGAAGAAGUUGAUCAAAAAGCGGUCGUAGUAUUUGGAGAAAAAGAUGGAAUUAAAUUAAGAUAUUAUGUAAAAAGUGUAAAUGGAGAGACUGUAUCCGGAACGAGACUUCAACUUGGUGCACAACAAGUAAAUGUACUCGAAUAUCUACAAGAAGAAGAUCACUAUCCGGUAACCGUUAAAUUUGCUGCUCCGACCGUAUCGACAAACGAGAAAAUUAUUCUUUCAUCCAUGUUUCAUUCACUUUUCACAAUUGCCGUUCAACUGUCACCGUGUCAAAAAAGUUCAGGAGUCGAAGUUCUCGAAACAACACAGUUCAAAUUAUUCUGCCUACAAAGUCGGACAGGUGUGAAGUUCGUUGUAAUCACAUCUGCUGCAUCAAAUAUCGCAGCUGAUUCACUUCUGUCAAAAAUGUAUGAACUCUACACGGAUUUCGCUCUCAAGAAUCCCUUUUAUUCAAUUGACAUGCCAAUUCGGGCUCAAAAAUUCGACGAAGCCAUCAAAACUCUUUUGGAGAGAGCUGAGAAGAACAACGGAGCUGUUACAUUCUAGAAAAAUUGAUUUUGAUAAUUUAUGUGUACACGGGUUUUAAUUUAAAUGUCUUACAGUCAAUUCAUAUUUUCCUUUAAUGCAUAAAACGAAAAUUC